CUCUCCCCACGAUCUGCCCUGAUCCUCUGCCCUCAGCUGGCAAAUAGAUCUAGGCAUGCGCAAAGGUGCUCUUGGCCUGUGGACUACCUUUCCCAGAAGACCUUGGGGAGGGGGUCUUUGUUCUCGUUUGGGCCCUAAUGAUACCGUAGGAAAUGCCGGCGGGACCGGCCGGAAAUGUCUGAACUAGGGCCGGAAGUGCCCUCGGAAGGACUUCCGCCUCCUAGCUGUCUUUCUCCCUUAGGCUUGAGGCCCGAGGGCGUCUGGCAGGCAAUUUCAACGGCUGUCUCCCAUACACAGAAGGUUCCUCAUGUCUACCUCCCAGCUUCUUUGGCCGCUGUCAAGUCCUAGUUUUCUCCCCAAUCUCUUAUCUGCCUUCUGAGGAUUCUGCACUCACCCAAAACAGAAUGGCUCCUGAGAGUCCAACAUCUAGGUGUCAGGAAACAUUGACUUUCAAGGAUGUGGCUGUGGACUUCACCAGGGAAGAGUGGGGGCACCUGGGCCCUGCUCAGAGGGACUUAUACAAGGAAGUGAUGCUGGACAAUUAUAGGAACCUGGUCUCCCUGGGGCUUCAGGUGUCUAAACCAGAUGUGAUCUUCCAGUUAGAAAGAGGAGAAUCACCAAGCAUGUUGGAGGGAAAGGACUCCAGUGAUCCCUGUCCAGAGUUCCUUAGUCAGAUGGCCAGGCAUGAAACAGCAGAGUCAACUGUAAAUCCAUGUGUUUCUCCAGAAGAGUCAUCUAAAGAAAGAGUUAAGACAGAUGGUUCCUGGGAAUACCAAAUGGGAGAAGCCUGUGAACAGGAUGUCAGAGUAGAACAAAAGAAUUGCAGUCAGGACAGACAAGCCAGUCAAGAGACCACUAUGCACAGAGAAAUUUCUACCAAGUCUGUGUUUGAAAGUUGUUCCAGUCUGGGGUCAAUCCUUGUUUCACAAGAGAGUUCACAAGAGGGAGUUCACACUAGAAAAAGUCUGCAGGAAUGUGGUACGUAUGGAAAGAACGUAAAACAGUAUUCAGACCUAGAUGAAGGUGAUAGAGUCUUUUGCAAGAAUAAUCUUUGUAAUUGUAAUAUAUGCAGCAAGUCAUUCAGUUGCCCUUCAUACCUUAUUUACUUUAAUAAAGAGCACAGUGAAGAAAAAGUAUAUAAAUGUAAUGAGUGUGGGAAAUUCUUCACCAAUAGAAAAUCCCAUAGAAGUCAUCAGAGAAUUCAUACAGGAGAGAAACCCUUUGAAUGUAAUCAGUGUGGGAAAUCCUUUAGGUGGAAGAGCUAUCUUACUGUACAUAAGAGAAUUCAUACUGGAGAGCAACCCUUUGAAUGUAAUCAGUGUGGGAAAGCUUUCAGGCAAAGUUCUCACCUAACUGUACAUCAGGUAAUUCAUGCUGGAGAGAAAACCUUUGAAUGUCACCAGUGUGGGAAAUUCUUUAGCUUUAGUGAGCAGCUUAUUGAACACAAGAGAAUUCAUGCUGGAGAGAAGCCCUUUGAAUGUAAUCAGUGUGGGAAAGCCUUUAGCCAAAUUUCUCAGCUUAUUCGACAUGAAAAAAUUCAUUCUGGAAAGAAACCCUUUGAAUGCCAGGAAUGUGGGAAGUGCUUCCUCCGUAGUGAGCAGCUUAGUUCUCAUAAGAGAAUUCAUACUGGAGAGAAGCCCUUUGAAUGUCAUGACUGUGGGAAAUCCUUCAGCCAGAGAGGGCAGCUUAAUACACAUAAGAGAAUUCAUACUGGUAAGAAGCCCUUUGAAUGUGGUCAAUGUGGAAAAGCAUUUAGCCGAAGCACUUACCUUACUGUACAUCACAGAGUUCAUGCUAGAUCGAAACCCUUUGAAUGCCAUGAGUGUCGAAAAUGCUUCGUCAGUAGUGAGCAACUUACUGAACAUAAGAGAAUUCAUAUUGAAAAGAAAUAUUUUGAAUGUAAUCAGUGUGGAAAAACUUUCCGACGAAGCUCUCACCUUACUGUACAUCAAAGAAUUCACACUGGAGAGAAACCCUUUAAAUGUCACCAAUGUGGGAAAUCUUUCAGUGAUAGUGGGCGGCUAAGUACACAUAAAAAAAUUCAUACUGGAGAGAAACCCUUUGAAUGUAAUCAAUGUGGGAAAGCAUUUAGCCGAAAUUCUAACCUUAGUGUGCAUCAGAGAAUUCAUACUGGAGAGAAACCCUUUGAAUGUUACAAAUGUCACAAAUUCUUUACCCAGAGCAGGUCCCUUGCUGAGCACCAGAGAAUUCAUACUGGAGAGAAACCCUUUGAAUGUAAUGAAUGUGGAAAAACCUUCUGCCGUAGUGGGCAGCUUACUCUGCAUAAGAGAGUUCAUACUGGAGAAAAACCCUUUGUAUGUCUUGAAUGUGGAAAAUCCUUCAGCCAUAGUUGGAUGCUUAGUGCACAUAAGAAAAUGCAUGCUGGAGAAAAACCCUUUAAAUGUCUUGAAUGUGGGAAAUCCUUUAGCUGGAGUGGAUCCCUUACUGAACAUAAGAGAGUGCAUACAGGAGAGAAGCCUUUUGAAUGUCAUGAAUGUGGGAAAGCCUUUAGCCGUAGUGGCCAGCUUACCACACACAAGAGAAUUCAUACUGGAGAGAAACCCUUUGAAUGUCAUGACUGUGGCAAAGCCUUUAGCUGCAGUUUUUACCUCACCGUACAUCAGAAAAUUCAUAAUGGAGAGAAACCCUUUGUAUGUAAUGAUUGUGGGAAAUCGUUUAGCUGGAACAAGUCCCUUACUCUACAUAAGAGAAUCCACACUGGAGAGAAACCUUUUGAAUGUAAUGAAUGUGGGGAAUCCUUUACCUGGAAGGGACAGUUUACUGAACACAAGAGAAUUCAUACUGGAGCAAAGAAACCUUUUGAAUGUAACCAGUGUGGAAAAGCCUUUAGGCAAAAUUCCCACCUUACUGUACAUCAGAUAAUUCAUACUGGAGAGAAACCGUUUGAAUGUCAUCAAUGUGGGAAAUCCUUCAGGCAGAGCUCUCAACUUACUCGACAUGAGAAAAUCCAUAUUUGAUAGAAAUUUUUUUGGCUGUGUAAGAAAUCUUAUUUAACACAAACAGCCUUCUGAACUUGAAUAUUUAUAUUACUACAAAGAAAUCUUUAAAUAUAUAUAAUCAGUGGAAAAACCUUCAAAGUUAUAAAUUUUAAUUCUACAGGAGGAACUCAGUAGACAGAAUAUUUUUACAUAUACUUCUUUUUCGGAGUGGAAAACAAUGAGGACAAGAGAACUCAUACUGGAGAGAGAAAUUUCAGAUGUUAUAAUGAUGGCAUUUCUUUUCAAGAAGUAGAUAUCUUAUUGAGCAUGAAGAGAAUUAAUUGAUACUUUGGUAAGGAAAUACUUCUAAGGCAAUGAGUGAGGGAAAGCCUUCACCUACAGUUUUUGUGAUCUGCUGCAUCAGAGCAUUCAUACCGGAGAAAUACCUUUGAACAGUGGAUGUAGAGAAUCCUGUAUUUGCCUUAAACAAUUUACUAAAUCUGAGAGAAUUCAUGCUGGGGUCAAAGAAACCAUUUGAAAGUCUUAAGUGUGGGAAAUCCUUUACUUAAUCACAGUAUUUUGAAAGUUUGAAGGUACUUCAGUUUCUGUCUGCUCCAACCCACGUAUUUAAGAAAGAUCUCACUGUGACAUACCUGUCAAAGAAGUUACCAAUUUUCUGACUUGACUUCCAAGGAGGGGUAAUCUACCACCUCGUUAGAUAGUCCAUUCCACUUUUAUACAGCUCUAGUUGCUAGGAAGUUUUCCUAAAUUAUAAGCUUAAAUUUGCUUCUACGCAGCUUCUACCUAUUGCCUCUAACUUUGUUUUCUGAGGUGAAAUAGAAUGAAUCUAAUCCCUUUUCCACAGGAUAGCUCAUCAGAGGCUUAAAGACAGUAAUUGGUCCCUUUUCUUCUCUUCUCCAGACCAAAUAUGUCCAAACAUGCUCAAUCCCUUCAACAGACACAGACCCAGGGCCCUUCAUCAUCCUGCUUGCCCUUCUUUGGACACUCUCCAACUGAUCAGUCCUUAAACCAUGAUGCCAAGGACUGAAUACAAUAUAUUCCAUGAGGUCUUGUAAUGGCAGAGUACAGUAGGAUAAUCAUUUUCCUAUUCCUUUAAGUCGUAUUCCUCUUAAUGCAGCUCAGUAUUGUUUUAGCAUUUUUUAAGCUGCCACAUUAUACUGCUGACUCAUAUUGAACUUGUGGUUCACCCAGAACCCCAGAUCUUUUUCAGAACAAUGAAUUUCUAACCAUGACUUCCUCAUGUUAUAAAUACUUGUAAAGUUGAUAUUUUUUUAUCCAAAUGCAAGGUUUUAUAUUUAUCCCUAAUCAGUUUUAUCUUUUUAAAUUCAUCCCAAUGCUUAGGCCUGUUAAGAUCCUUUUAAGUCCUGAGUCUCUCACCCAUAAUGUUAGUUUUACUUUCUAGCUUUGUCGUCUAUGUGUUUAAUAAGUUGCCUUUGGCCAGGUCAUUGAAAAAAUGUUAAAUAGGACAAAACCAAGCACAGAUCCUUGGAGUACUCCACUGGAGACAUCCUAAUUUAUUUAUUUUUUGGUGAGGCAAUUGGGCUUAAGUGACUUGCCCAGAGUCACACAGCUAGUGAAUGUUA